GGGAUGAAACCUGACAACGUGACGGGCGGGUACUCUCGUUCCCAGGCUGAGGAGGUUGCCCGGAUGUGCGCAGACCUGACGCAGAUCGUGGUGCUCAGUGUGGACGCCAGACAUGUCCGUGGAUCGUGGGACAACUUGAGCUGGUUACUGAGCCAGUCUCCGCUUUACCACCUGUACAUUUCGGUGGGAUGGCCUGAACCGGAACCGGAAACGCACAGCGUUGACGUCACAGAAGACCUAGUGUUCGUCAGGAACAACUUCGAUCGCAGCCGGGUGUACUAUGACGUCACGCCUGACGUCAUGCAGAGAUUCAAGAUGGCGCUAAAUUAGACUAAAUGCGACGAGGAUGUCUUAAAAAUUGAUACGUUUUUAUGGAUGUUUGUGGAUAAUGUUUGUAGUUUUCGAUAAAGAAUUUUGUUACACUACCAUAUAUCAACCAGAUGAAACGACGGUUAUCACAGUUAUCUUUAAAAGAUUGUAAAAUGGUCAUCCACACUGCUUGCGAAAAUCCUUAUUUACAGUAAACUUUCGUUAUGAAUUGUUCAAAUCAAUAGCUAUUCCACGUUGUUAAGUCAUUUUUCAUUGGAGAGGUCAGGACGUUUUGAUCUUUACGUGUGUCUCUCAUGUCAGUUUAUUCAAUAUAUGUAAUUUUCUUUGUCUGAACCUUCGUUUAUGCAUGAAAGCAAAAAUCGGCCUGCAGGCCGCAUUUCAUUGAGGUCCUGACAAGGGUCAUACAACUCUAU